UGGGUAGCUGGUUGGGUGGGUAGGAUGUCUGGCUGGAUGGGUGUAUUCUGGGUGAGUGUCUGUAUCCCUGAUUAUCUGGUCGUAGAUGUGUGCGGAUGGCUUUAGUGGUUGGGUAGAGAUGUACGUGUCGUUUGUCUAUCUGUGUGCAGGCAUCUGCCUGGGUUAGGCGUAUGUCUGUCUGUUGGGCAGACUACAUAUCUGUCUCUUUUCACUAUAGCUGGGUAGGUGUCUGUUUUAGUAUACGCUUGUCUGUCAAGUUAAGUGCCUGUUUAUGUGUCUGACUGUUAUUCUGUAUGCCUGGUUAGGUGUGUGUCUAGGUGUAUCUGUUAAGGUUGUCUGUCUCGGUGUCUCUAUCUGUCUAGAUGUCUGACAAAGUGUCCCUCUGCGGAGGCGUUUGUCCGCCUAGGAAUCUCUGUCUUUAAAGGUGUCUGUCUGUUUCGUUGUCUCUUACCAUCUACGUGUGUGUGUGUCUGCGUGUCUAUCCGCUCAGGCGUCUGUCGAGGUGUUUACCUGCGUGGGUAUCAGUCGCUUUGUCUGCCCCUGUGUCUGCCCAGUCCCACCGCAGCGCAUUGGGGCGUGUGGGAAGAGGGUGGGGGGUUAGGGGAAGUUCUUAGGGGAGCGGUGGCGCAGCGGUUAGCGCAGCCGCUGCUGUGCUACGAAACCCUGGGCGGCAGCGCCCCGGGGUUUCCAUUGCCGCUCACGGUCCCCAGCACCCAGCGACGAUUACCCGAACCGGUCCCGUGCUUCCCCUAGGUCGACUCGGCCUGAAAACGAUUUCCCCAGUGUGAACAUCGUCGCGUCGGGCAGACGACGGGGAGGGAGGGAGGCCGGGCUGGGUGCUGUCCCACCCCCCCUCCCGUUGUGCUGGCGGCCUUAGUCAAUGUUGCUAACUCGCUUAGUCAGCAACUUGUACCCAACACUACUGUGAAGCUACACCGAGGAGGAGGGGAGGGGGAGGAUCUUUGUCUUACUGAGACAGCAACAGCAGCAGCCCCCCAUUGUUGAUCCACGCCGAGGCAUCGACCAUGAAGAACGCGGCGGAGUGGAGCGUCCGCUUACACCGUGGCCCCGGGGACUCCUCGCGCGGGGUACCCGAGGGUCGCGGACCCACCGCCCCCGCCGCCACUGCGGAGGGAGGCGAUGGGUCGACGAAGUUCCACUGCUGUCGCUGCGGCGAGGAGAGCCCCGCACCCGUGUGGACGAGGCGGAGGAGCGUCGGGAGGAGCUCCCCCGCCGCUCCCAUCGGAGCUCAGAACGGUGAUGGUGUCCUUGUGCCCACAGAGCAGGAGGUGCCAACCUCGCCGGUGGAUGGCAUCGAGCUCAAGUCUCCGGAGAAGAAGGGCAGGAAGGUCUCCUUCCAGAAGCCCCAGGGAAUGGUGGAAUACACGGUGGAAGAAAAAGAUACGCUCAACAGCAUUGCCUUGAGGUUUAACACGACUCCCAACGAGCUGCUGCACAUCAACCGACUAUUCUCCCACACGAUCGUCACCGGGCAGUGCUUGUACGUGCCUGACCCCGACGGCGCGGCAAGCGAGCGCGGCUCGCCGCCCACGAGCCCGUCGUCCCUGCACCCCCUGCAGGGGGGCCCGCCGGGGGCGGCCGGGGCCCGGGAUCAGCCGCUGGCGAGCAGCUCGCCGCGGUCGCACCGCGUGCUCCGUGACCAGGCCUCCCUCUCCGAGGAGGAGGAGGAACCCAUGACCAAGAAGUUCCUCAAGAUCAGCUGCAAGUACAUCACCAACGGCAAGGGUGUGGUGGGAGGGGUGCUCCUCGUCACCCCCAACAGCCUCAUGUUCGACCCGCACAAGUCCGACCCGCUGGUGCUCGAGCACGGCUGCCGUGCGUAUGGCCUGCUGUGCCCCAUGGAGGAGGUGAUCUCCGCCGCCGUGUACCGCGACACGGCGCACAUGAGCAUCCGCGACACCCUCCCGGCAAACUUCUCCGAGUGUUUCUGUUCCCCGAGCAGGCCCGAGGACGUGGGGGCCUUCGCGCCCGAGCACGAGCUCAGCCCCUUCACCCGUCUGGAGCGCGAGCGAGCGCGCUCGGCCGUCGCCUCCGAGCCGUCGCCGGAGCCCGUCCCCGAUCGAUCCCCCGGCGGCUCUGCCCGCCCGCCCGCCGGCGCCCCCGACGGCCGGGGGUGCCGCUCGUGCAACGGCCCCGCCGCCGCCGCCGCCGACGACGGGGACGACGCGGACGACGACGAGACGCCCUCGGACAGGGCGUCGUGGAGCCUGGCCUCGGCCGCGACGCAGGCGAACGCCGACUCGUCCGCGUGCGAGAACGGCGACGCCGACUCGGGCGCCGGGGAGAAGGAGGCGCCCUGGGCGGAAGACGUUCCCGCCGGCGGUGCGCGCGCGCCUUUGGAGAGCACGAAGAUCCAGGGGGACGGCAGUCCUCCGCCGCGCGAUCGUCUCGAGGCCGAUGGCCUCACUGCUUCGUCAGUGGCGUCCGACCUCAGCUCCGCGGAUGCCACGGCGAAGGCGAACGGUGGCGAGACCGCGCGCGAAGCAAUCGGGCCGGAUUUGCCGAUGCCCAACGGUGAGAUGGCGGCGGGGCAGGGCGAGCGUCCAGAAGUCGCGCUCGAUCCGGUAACCGGGGACGGUGCCGCCGGGGGCGCGACGAUCGCGGCGGCGAUGCCGGCGGCGCCGUCAGGAGAGGAGGACCCUGCGAAGGGCGAGGAGAGUUCCGGGAUCUCGGUGGAGGAGCACCCCGGGAGGGACCCGAGCGACGCCCGCGCGGGGGACGUCGCCGCUGCCUCCGCGAGCCGCGCCCGCGAACACAGCGUUGCCCCAGCGGAGAAUGAAAAUGAGCUUUCGGCUGCGGCGAUGGCGUCGACCGCUUCGGCGUCGACACCGGCCAACGCCGGCGAUAAAACGGACGCGGAGACUUCGGCGGCCGAGGAGGCGGCGGAGCCGUCGGCCGCAGAGACGGAGACGCGCAACGAGCAGAGCUCCGGCAUCUCGAUGGGCUCGUCCACGGCAGGCCGGAGCACCGUGUGGUACGUGGACGAGGAGGAGCUGGAGGCGGUCGUGGCCGACCGGACCGGCGAUCGGGACGACAAGGAGGAGGCGGCGGCUGCGGCAGAUGUCUCCUCAGAGGGCCAGGACGAGCAUCCCGGCCCGGACGUCGCCCGCGCUCCUCUCGUCCGGGAGGCCGAGCGCUCCGGCAGAAAGUGGAGGAGCCUGGCCGACCUCCCCCGUAGGGUGGCGACGAAAGGGCCUCCCAAGGAGGGCAGCGGCAGCGCCCAAAACGAGGUGGGUGGCGGCGGUUCCCAGAAAGGGGGCGGAAACGCUCGCCAGAAGCGGGGCAGCGGCGCCCGCCAGAAGCGCGGCGGCGGCGGCGGCGGCGGCGGCGGCGUUCCCAAAGGGGGCGGCGGCGUUCCUCAGAGGAAGGGCGGCGGCGUGAAGCAGGAAGAGGGGAGCGGCGCGAAACGCGAAGAGGCCGACGCCGCGAGGCGGGAGGGCGGCGGCGGUGCGACGGGCGAAGAAGGCGGCGGUGUGCAGCGGAGGGAGGCUGCGAGCGCGCCACACGAGGAGGCCGCCGGCGCGCGGCGAGGGGCAAGCGACGACGCGACGGAGGAAGGGGGCGGCGGCCUGACGCGGGAAGAGGGCGUCGGCCUGACGCGGGAAGAGGGCGUCGGCCUGACGCGGGAAGAGGGCGUCGGCCUGACGCGGGAAGAGGGCGGCGGCCUGACGCGGGAAGGGGUGAGCAGGGACGCUUGCGAGGUCCUCGUGGAUGGUGCGGUUGUGACGAAGCCGGCGGGUUCGGCGAAGGGAAAGAAGAGGAAGGGGGAUGGCGGCGAGGGAGUUUCUCGGCCGCGUUGGGAGAGGACAAAAAUUUAUUCGGAGGCGCAGAAGGAACCUCUGCACCGUUUGCUGAAGACGAUGGAAGAGCCAAUCGAAGCCCUGCUUCCGGCCCGCGAGCCGGAGAGCGACUCCCCGCCGAUGUUCCUGUGCCUGCGCGUGGGCAAGCCCAUGCGCUGCUCCUUCGAGCCGGCGCGCUCGCCGGUGGUGCAGCACUACGCCUGCCGCGGAGCCCAGCCCGAGUACUGGUUCGCCGUGCCCAAAGACAGGGUCGACCAGCUCUACACGUUCUUCGCUCAGUGGACGCCGGAGGUUUGCGGUUGCGGCGGUGGUGCCGGCGGCGGCGGCGGCGGUGAUGGCUCGGGGGAGCUGGGCUUCGUGGUUCUGGAGCGGCACGACGCGGAGGCCCUGGAGGCCAUCGAAGACUUUUACUCGGACUCCUCGAUGGACUGGGAGAUCGUGACCCUGGAGGAGGCUCUGAGGAGGCAGAGUCUCCACACGCUCACCGACAGCGAACCCGAGCCCAUGUGGCCAACGUUGAACGUUGAGAGCAACUUAUUGCAGCACCACCACAUUGAAAAGCUGGUGCCGGAGCUGCCCCCGCGCACGGUGGGCUACACGUGGAGCCUGCUGUAUGGCACGGCGCAGCACGGCACGAGCCUGGGCACGCUGUACCGCGCCGCUCUGCUCUCCGACUCGCCUGUGCUGCUCGUUGUGUGCGACACCGACGGGCAGGUAUUCGGGGCUUUCGUAUCCUCCGCAAUCCGAUGCAACGACCACUACUACGGCACUGGAGAAACCUUCCUGUACACCUUCAAUCCAGACUUCAAGAUUUUCAGGUGGACGGGAGAAAAUUCUUUCUUUAUCAGCGGCGACAAGGAUUCCUUGGUCAUUGGUGGAGGAGACGGCGUGUUUGGGUUGUGGCUGGGGGGCGACCUGUACCACGGGUCGAGCCGCCGCUGCCACACGUUCAAAAACGAGCCGCUGGCCACCCGAGACGACUUCUGCGUGCGGGCACUUGAAGUCUGGGCCUUCGAGUGAGCAGCCCCGGUGUCUCCCGGCCGAGUGGCCCCCAUCGAGGGCCCCCCCCCCUCCCCACCCCUCCCCACCCCACCCCACCACACCCCACCACUACCCCACCCCACCACACCACACACGCCCAGCGCCGAAGGUGACGAUGAUGAAACAGCGCGACACGCCAGGGGCGAACCCCUUCGCUUCACGGGCACCACGGACGCGUACCAGACGUUCCCUUCCAGGUCCGGGCGUAACCAAAGGGUCCGGCGGCCCCACCACAACUUUGGCGCAGGUUGUGGCGAGAAUCCCUCGCGGCGUGCUCAACACGGCCCGGGGUAAAUAUUUGCGGAGAUCGCUCCGCCCGCAGUCCGACUCGGCGGCUAAAGGCGCCUGGUGGAAAUGCGGAAGUGAGCUUUUGAGCGGAGCGCACGGCCGUACGCGAGUUGUACGGCACACUCGUCGUUGCUUGUGCUUACGCAAGGUUUGAUUUUUGUCGGUGUUGGGGUCGUUGAGGGGGGUGGGUGGGUGUGGUGGUGGUGGGGGGGGGGUGAUCGGUUUGUUGCCCGCUGCCGGCCGGCUCUGGCGACUCCACCGUGCCCCUCGCCACGCGGGUCGCUUAGCGGGUGAUGGGCUGCGUUCAUCUGUGCGAGAAGGUUCUCUUGCCCACUUAAUUACGCCGCCCUACGAAUGCCCCGCCUUCAUUUGCUCUCUUUUACAAGCGGCACAAUGUUUUACAAGCGGGGAUUGCCAGCGUAGCAGCCUGGAGCAUGUGAAAGGGACUUGGGAGGCUUAUUAGCGACAAUAACGGCUUUGGUUCUCUGACGAUAGUAUUGUGAUGCAUUGUGAUGCUUAUCUCUGGCCGUGAAAUGCUUUAAUUGUCCGCGUUUGGGCUUUUGUGAUCGCUUUCGGCGAUCGUUCUGGUCGUGUCCAGCAAAACGUUCACAAUUUGAGUCAAACGUUAUCUGAAACCAACGUGGUGCGGUAUGGUGUGUGCAGGAUUUCAAAACGAGGCUUUGGUUUUGGUUUGAUUUUAAACGAGCCGUGAGAUUGUGGAAACGAAAAAAAUAAUGCAGGAAUUGGUGCAGGAAAAAGUCUCGUGAGGUGCUACUUAAAAAAAUAAAAAUUGUAGCAUCUUAAUUGGUUCUUCUUUUAUAAGCCAUGGCCUUGUACAAUGCGCCUGUCUCUCUCUCUCUCUGACAGGUCCAGAGCCAGCUGUUAAUAGUGAAGCAAGCCUGGGUGGUCGCAUUGUACGUGUCGUCGCUCCCAGGCUGUGUUUUAAUUUCCUAAUCGGGAUGAGUGACCACUCACGCACCACCUGCACCAUGCCUGGCCUUUCAAUGGGGGAAGAUAAAACAUCUCGUGGUAAAAGGUCUGAUGAAAUGUUCCUUUGACCUAAUGUUAGACCCCGUUUUCUGAGCCACAUUUUUACACUUUAAAUAAUGAUACUUGGUGUAUUAGCUUGGGAAAAAUCUGCAAGUUUAAUCCUUUUAACGUCCUAGUCUCAAAGCCUUUCAACAACGCAUCAUAUUUAAAACGGAUCUCUUUGUGAACACACGAGGGGUUAUUCGCAUGUGAAAUACAAAUCACAAGUAUGCUCUUCUGCACAAAAACAGACACUUAAAACGUGGACAACCUCUGAUGAAUUGAUCUUCAUGGAAUACUCUUGAAUACAGCGCCAGUGACGUAUUUUUUUUAGACGAAACUUGAUGGUGGAUUCCGUCCUGUACAAUUUUUUUUUCCAACUGCAGUAUAGCCGAGGCUGUGAUGGUCAUUUUACGUUGUUCAAGACUUCACAGUAGUCUCUGUGCCAUGUUGUAUUCCACUUAAAUAAUACAACUCGAAAAGCUGAAACUACCACCAUGAACGUAAUUUGAAGCCUCUUGAGAAUCUUCACGUUUAGUAUUCCUGCAGGUGUUGUGUUUGUACAAUCCGCAUGUAAAUUCCUUGCUAAUUUUUAGUAUAUAUACGAGUCCCAAAAAGUUAUUGUUGCGGAAGCUUUGAUUUGUUUCGUAUGGCAGGAUGGAAAUAGCAACGGUCUUGAAACGUGCUAUAGUUCUUACGCUACGUUUUUCUUAAAACCAAUCCAAGCGGGCAGUCAACGAUCUAUAGCACUUCCAGUUAGCGCGGCUGGCGACGUACGGUGCGAAACAAGUUCAACGUACAUUUGCUGCCCGUUUUCUCUGCAACACACGAGGGAGGUCGCCCAUGGUUGGCAGAACUUAAUUACAGUUCGCUGUGGCCACCCUCAUUAGAACGAUCGCUCAUUGGCGGAAACUGAGCGCGUGUGCUUUUGGAGUAGUUGCCGCAUUCGAGGGCAAGUGGGCAGGCCAGGCAAUGUGGAGACGCGUCGACCUGUGUUUCGCAGGGCUUGUUUGGCGCGCGGUUCACCGAAUUAACCACCACAUUGAAAUGAUCGCUCGUUGCCGGAAGCUGAGCGCAUGUGCUUUCGGGAGUAGUUGGCUGUAUUCGAAGGCAGCGGUGGGGCCAGGCGUUGUGGAUGUCCGAGGCCUGGAUUGUUUAACUGAAUCGUGAUUGAAUCAUUCUGUUGUUGUGGUCCGGUAACAACGACACGAAGAACGGUGCUUUUCCUUGGUUUGGUAAAUGUGACGUCGGGUUAUUAUGAUUGCACCUCUGCUGCCAUGAGCGAUGUGAAGCUCGCGAAAUGUGAUAGACGCAUUACAGGAACUUUAACGAGUUUGAAUUCGACGUUUGUUUCUUCAUUAUAUGGAGAUUUGCUUGAAAUGCACGGCUCUACGUUACUGUAUUUCUUUUAUUAUUAACGUAAUUUUUAUUAUUAUAUUUUAAUACAAUACUUGAAAUGUGUUUUCUAACCGGUUGGUGCUUGGCCCCCCCAAGUGCGGUGAAUUUAUAUUGCAUCUUGGAAAACUGAAACUUGCAUUAAAACACUUUUAAGAAUAUUAAUAUUUUUAACGAUAUCACACAUAUUACCUUUGCUCCGGACACUUUGCCUCCAGUAUUUGGUCGUUUAAAUGAAAUAAUGUAACGGAAUAUUCACGUGCUGCACGUUCGUGCGGUGAUGACUUUGGUUAACCGUGAGUAAAAUAAUUGAAUAAUAAUGUACAGCCCUUUGUCACUUUACUGCUGGAUUGACGUGUCAGUGAUGUGGGUUAUAUGACCGUACUUCACCAUCCUGAUCAGCGUGGGCUGGUGCAUUUGAAGGCCACACAACCGGUUGUGGAUAUCGCUCGCCACUGAUGAUGCCCGUUACCAGGAAUCGAACUCGGGUAACAGCAGGGUUCAUGGCACGGUGAGAUCACAAUGUGCCCAUCGCUACACCAUUGUUACGUACUCCAUACCCCUUACACAGUAUUCCGAUGGUUUUCCAAGAUGCUAUAUUUUUACCACUUUCUGCAAACGAAGGCUUUUUUUUGUAUUUGGUCACGCGGAUGUGUUAUUGAUGAAAGAUUUCCGCUGGUUGCUCGUUAAAAAAAGUAUUGCAUAUCUGUCGCACUAUUUGUUUCAAGCUUAUAAGAGCAAUGUAAUGGAACGCUAAAGACAUAAUCUAGUGACCGCUUGUGUUGAGCACAUUUAAAAACUUGGUCACAAAUCCACUUGGGAGGAAAAAAGGUCCCUUGUUACCGUGACCAUUAACAGUUAUUUAGGUUCCUUUUAGGGAAAAAGAAGACAUUAACUGAAGUUUUAAACUGAAAUUAGUUACUUGAAAUGUAAUGAAUUUACAAAACAAAAAAAAAUCCUUUUGAACUUGAUGCCUUGCAGGUGCAUGCAGUUCAUCCCCCAUACUCCAAUCUUCCCCACUAACUCGCUAAUUUCAGAGACGUUUUACAAAAAAAAAUACAUACGAUAGUGUUUUCCUGUGUUUGGUCGUAGAAAGAUGGAAUACGCGACUCGUGACCUGUAUUUGGCUGCCGCCUUGUACACAGCAGGGUGCCACCAGUGGCAGCAGGGUGCCACCAGUGGCUUCAGUGUGAGCAGGAGGAAAAUGCUGUCUUUUCUUUUUUGCAGUCUCAACAAACGCACUUGGUAAAAUGUAACAUUUGGAACGCAACAUGAUGCCUUCUUGUUCAAGAGUUUAUUCCUCUACCGGAUGGGCGAGCGUUUGAAAUCCCCGCAGUUUUGCGUGAAGCAGCGGUGCGGUGAGGAUGGGCCAGCUGGCCCAGAGCACUGGGUCAAAGCACUGAGCUUGCAAUGCUGCCGGCAUCCUGGGUUGAAGUCCGGCUUUCAAUCACCCGUGAUGAAACCAGCUUUCUCAAAGUGUGUAGAGCAGUGGUUGGGGCUCGGUCUGAUCGCGAGCCAGUGACUUAAAAUGAAUCGUUCAGUUUCGUCGUUGACAAAAUAUGCUUUGUUCAAGCCCUUGAGAACGAAGUAUUUUUUCAGUUUGACACCGUGACAAGCGCUUUCUGCAGGGCAUAUGAAGAUCUGCCCCGAGUGUGGAUAAAGAGGCACGUUCGUGUUACUCAAGACGUGAUGUAUUCUGGUGCGGUUCUCCAGAACACGAUGUGGUUACACCGCUUUCGGCGAGAGUUGCGGAUGGAGCCGUCUUUUUGUUGCCUCGUGAUGCCGAUAAUGCAGUUGGAAUAUAAUGGAGGGGAUGCGAAAGCAAAAAAUAAAGGUCCUUGGCGACGAGAUUCGUCUAUUUAUUUUUGAGACCGGGGUGACGCUUUCAACUCGAGCAGGUGCCCGGCACGGCUGUAAACGGUAACAUAUCUCACCAUGCCACUUCUGGAAAACCGCGUGCGCUUGUGAACUCAGACUGGAAAACUCAAGGGGGCGUUUGGCACUAAGCCACUGCGCCCGGCCCGCAUUGAGAAUCAUUUUUUCGCGUUUUUGACGGGUCGUGACGUGCUCAUUCCUGGAGAAUUGUAAUGGGCACUCACGGCAAUUCCAGGGUGGUACUGCUGUACUCCGACAAAAGUGGUCGGAGUAAGAUCCGCUCCAGUAAAGUUGACCAAUUCCAAAAUGUAUAGCUUUCCACUCGGUGGAAAGUCGACGUUAGACGAUGGCUCUUUCUUUUUUUGCAUUCGUGCCGUUCGUGCGUCGCCAACUUAUAAAGAAUGAGUUCCGUGAGGUUGGACAGUUUCUGGUCGUGGUGGGGGAGGGGGGGAGGGGAAAAACGCGCUGCACUCGUGUCCACCUCUGGGUAAACUGUGCAUAGACAUCGUUGUCUGGAAGUUCAGUAAACGGCGGGGUAAAGUGUGGGUAUUAUAGUCGCCCUUCUCGCAAAGUCUUCGUGGCGUAGGCGCUGUGUGUGUGUGUGUGGCCCGUAUUAAUUUAGCGCUGGAGGUAGUUUGCGUCAUGAGUUAAAGGGUCAUGAGUGCAAUCAGGCGACUCUUCCUCUUGCUGACACUUCUGUGGAUGGUAGCGCCUCUUCGUGGCUUGCAGCGGCGGUGUGACAUGAACCCAUUACUUGCGAUGUAUACAAAAGAAAGAAAAAAAACACAUCGCUUCUUCCACAUGAUUCAAUGCUUGUAUCGUGAGAUUUAGAAUCUGUAUUAAUCGACAAAUCGGUGCAUAGUUUCACCUCCUAAUCAAUGAUGUUACGUCGGCGAAUUCCUAACGGUUGCACGCAGUGGAACAUUUGUGAACGGGUACUGCUUGUCCCGUGCAAUGAUGCAGCAAGUCCUGUAGCUGUUGUGUAAACAUAACCCAAAUGAAUUUGAGCAUUGUGUUAUUGAAGCGUCUGUGCAUCCAACUCUCAAGCCAGUGGUGGUUGCAUGCCGUACACAAAACUUUGCAGACUGGUAAGACGUUACAUCGGUAGGCUCUGUGGCCUUAAAGAUAAAGCCAUUUGCUAUAUACGGUACAUCUCAUCGGUGGACUGCAAUGCCAUUGUAGCAUCAUAACAAAUCCACUGUAGCGGUAUGGAUAACGUGCGAUGUGGGGCUCUUGCCAAUUAAGACCUUCGCCGUUUAUUUUUGUUCAAUGCUUUAUUCAGUGAGGGGGGUUCUCCUUGAGGUUUUUAGUGCCCAGAGAAAACGAAGCCCUGUGGAAUGGAACGCUUGGGGCUGAUUCAGCAGAGGGGGGGGGGCAGAACCCCAUUUAUUUUUCACGACCAAAACAACUGUACCAAUUUUACAACUUGUUAGGUGAAUUAUAUUUGUUUUCAACAUUCAAAUAAAAAAUACAUGAUUGAAUAAUGGGGGGGGGGAGCUCACCAUUGAAAAAAGUAAAUUCUCACGCACAUUCCAAUGCUGUGGUAUUUACAGUACCAGACUGAGACUGUCUGGAAUUUUUACGCUUCUGUGCGGCGUGGAGACGCGGUGAACAACAAAGCAGCAUGGCUUUGCGGUGUUUAUUUUUUGCCAUUCGGGGGGUGCCAUUUUUUAAAAAUUUCUGUCGCUCAAUGUUCACGAGUUCGUCAGCCGCCCCUCUCUGUGAUAUACAACAACGGUCCCCAACCUUUUUGCCACCAGGGACCGGUUUCGUGGAAGACAAUUUUUUCACGGAUCUUGGGAGGGGGGGGGGUCAUCAUUGGGUCUUUCUCCCUUUUCAAAGAAGCUCUCCAGCGACGUUUGUUUUUGACUCAUUUUGGCUACCGUUAGCGGUCCGUGGCCCCGGGGUUUGGGGACCCCUGAUACAGCACACAGAAUACCCACUCACGCUAUGUUGAUGAUACGCAGAUCAAUGGUGGCCAAUCCACCAAGCGCCGUGAAGAUCCAUUCUGGUGGAUUCCACCGGAAGGCUUUAGACCAACAACGACCCGCAAAUAUAACCCUGCAAUAUACUUCAGUGUUUUUCCACUAAUAAGGGGGCCCACUUUUGCCGAAGAGACAUCGUCAGAGCGAGGGCCGCCACACAUUUGAAACCAUUGGGGGUUGACAGCAGCACGAUGAUGGCGGGGUGUUUUGAACCUUUGUGUAGUGUCGGGGCCCCCACUAAAUGCCACUAGGGGUCACCAGUGGCCCGCGGGUCUCGCACUGAAGAACACCGAUGGACACACACAAAGUAUUAGCGCCCUCUAUUGGUAGGCAUUAUUUUUAAAGCAUUAAUUGUUGGGGAUAAUUUUUUUGUUGAUUUGCCGUCACCCGAAACGAAAAAUGUUUGUUCGCUUAUGUUAGCGUUCUGAUGUGUCCUCAGAGCGAGACAAUAGUGUUACCAUCCAUCGCCGGAUGGCGCUCCACGUAUUGACCGCCACUGCUGUAGAGUAACGAACAACUGAACUCGACAGAAAACAACAAAAACAUUCUGAAGCAUUUGGAAAUACCACCGUUUAUCUUUCUGGGGGUUCUCGGUCAAAAAUAGUUUUUGUUUUGUUUUCGUAAACCCAACCUCGGCUCAUGUGCAUGAGUAAGGACUGGCCGACCGUGGUCAUUGCUGGGUUGAAGGGAGCACAUUUUGUGUCGUCUCCCGCCUGGUACCAGACUUGGCCUAGGUGCCCCUGCCCACCAAAGGUCCUUCGGUGUUUAAUGGUCUCCAGAUGUUUUUUUUUACACCACGUCAAGAAUAUGUCCUCUUGCAGAAGAAAGCAAUCCGCUGUUGGACGAACGAACGCCUCUCCAUGCCGUCUCUGUCAUGCACUCCGAUUGGCUGAUUCGUGUAGGGGUUGGGCGUGAAGUGAUUCCACUGUGAUUUAAAUUGGCAUAGUAGCCAGGAGGCUACACACUUACGUGCUUUAUUGAUUUGUCCGAGAAAGGAAGGAACCCAUGAGCCUUGACCUCUUUGCCUGCCGUCCCCUGCUGUGCAUGCGCUUGCCAGUUCCUAUACGCCACUUAAAUUGGGGCGUCACGGUGGCGAGAUGUUUACUACCUCGCCCGGUAUACAGGAGGUCGUGGGAUCCCGACCCUGCUGUAUAUUUGGAGUUUUGCAUGUUCUCCCUGUGGUCGCGUGGAGUUCUCUCCGGGUCCUCCCGGUUUCUUCCCUCCGCAUUUAUAAAUGAACAUCACGCGUCUCGCGUGUACAUUUGCACGCGACAAGCCACUUGGUUGAGUUCUCACUUGCGGCCAGGUGUCCCCCACCUUGCAGGCUUGCACGCCACCAAUGUAUACAUCCCCACCCGCCACCACUGCUCCCUGCACUCGUGGUUUUCUCUGGGCACUCUGGUUUCCUCCCACGUACCAAAUACUUAAUAAUCGAAUUCGUCAAACAUUCCCAUGUCCCGAUCCUCGUGGAAGAAAAGAAAAAAAAAAACAUUGGCGAUACCUUCAACUUUUUGAUCGGUUUCACUCGGAGGGACGGGGUCAGCCUAAGGUUCUUAAACUGUUUCGUGUCGUGUGCUAGAAGCUUAAGAAAAUAUAUAGGCUCCCAUAGUCGGUUAACACAAGUCAUGGCUGAUGCUGAAGAUACAGCCAAAACAAUGGGGGUAAUUCCAUAGAAGCCACGAUAAAACAUUGCAACAGUUGUUAAAUUAAAUUUCAGUACUUAAUUGAAAAAAAACCCAGUAGCAACACCGCACCUACUUGGCAAAUUAUUUUCAGCCCGGGUGCUGUGUACUUCUUGUAUCGUACAGGGACAGCUGUCGCUAAGGGUGUCCUCGGCUCGACUGCAGCAGGGCAUCAAUAUGCGAUGUAAGGCGCUUUGGGUUGCUAAGGCAUUGCCUAGAAAUGGAAAUCCUUAUCCUUGAAGCAGACAUAGCCUACUACCGGAUACUCGUACAAUGAAUACAUGAUGAAAUAAUAAUGUAUAAUGACUGCUACAGUGGAAAUGAAUGUACACAGUAUGGUUGGCCUUUUGUGGCCUUACAAGUUAUGAAAAAAAAAUCGGUGGCAUAUGCCCGUUUACACUGAAAUCUACAUUCCGUCCCGGUUGUAUUUAAUAAAGGACUGCACAAGGUUCAACACGAGGGCUGGCACGUGUGCCUACCAAAAGAGGUCCCCCUCUCUGCCUGCUCGUGCACCACACACACACACACAGUUGCAUCCCCCCUUGCCUUGAUGAUGUACAUGCUGCAUUUACAAAUAAAACGUGUAUACCUGUGCCGUGA